GCCCAUUAAUUUUCUAAAGAAAGCUCCCAACCAAAAUUUUGUGAGAAGCAAAAGCUCAAAUCGAGCUCGAGCGGAGCAUCAUCAUGUCUGCGCUGGGCGCAGCGCUCGGUCGAGGCCUGCACGCCUCAGCGCAGUCUCCUCGUCUCACCAAAUUCUCCCUUCAAGCCCCUAAAUCUGUAAUGGUGGAAUUUUCUGAUGGUCGUGUAUUUAAUCUAUCGGCUGAAUUUCUUCGAAUAUAUAGUCCUGCUGCAGAUAGCAAGAUUAGGUCAGUGGGUGGUGAAAAGGUGAUAUUUGGACGAAGACAUGUUGGUAUCAUGUCAGCAACACCAAUAGGAAACUAUGGAGUCAGAAUAGAUUUUGAUGACUUGCACAAGACUGGGAUUUACACAUGGGACUACUUCUACAAUCUGGGCUCCAACAAGUUUACCCUGAUGAGAAACUAUAUCAAAACCCUGAGGAAACAUGGCCUUAGCCGAGACCCUCAGAGAAGGAAACCAAAUGAGAGCAAAGGCGGAGAAAAAAGUGUUUAAAUGCUUUUAGAAGUUUACUCGGAGAUCGUCACAGGCAUGAAUUUUAUGCUGCGAAACUUGGUGAACAGAAUGCAGAUGGAAUAAUUUUCAGGCCCAAUGUAUGUCAUCGUGUUCUUUGUUGUAAUCCUUAUUGUUGUUUUGUAUGAAUCAAUAGAAAAUUUUGCAAUUUGAAGAUCCUUUAUAGAAUCUGAUCUUUGCCGUGAA